AAACGAGGGUGAAAUGAACCUGGGCUACCGUCCUUUUGAACAAGAUGGCGCUUUUUACAUACAGAACACCAUGUGAUUAGGGAGCACUCUUUUCUGUAAAAAGUUAAAUUGUAUGGCCCAGGGGACACACCACGUGAUCAACAUUUUCGAGGACCACAGCAGAUGGGAAGAGUUUAAAUUCGACGCCUUCAGAAAUCCAGGCAAAGACCUACAGACCAACUAUCCGGGCUUGCCAGCUAGUGUUGAAUUAAAAAACGUAUCGGGAAAACAAGGGAGUGAACUCUCACACCCAACAAGCGGGAUUAUAGAUUUCUACAACAGAAAAAUGAAACCCAGAAGAACGCUGAUUAGAAAGGAGGGUCAAAGUAACAUCGCAUAUAAAGGAAUUCAGAAAAAACGAGUAAAAUACCUCAAAGAUCUCUACGUGACCCUCCUUGACCUAAAAUGGAGAUGGGCGUUUCUUAUUUUAUUUUCUGGAUUUUUCUUGUCUUAUCUUACGUUUGGCAUUAUUUAUUUCCUAUUAUCAUACACCCAUGGUGACCUUGACCACGUCGGUGACCCCAAGUUUAAACCCUGUAUUGUCCAUCUGGACUCCUUUUGGGACGCCCUGCUCUUCUCCAUGGAGACCCAGUCCACCAUUGGCUACGGCACCAUCUACCCGAAUGCCGAGUGCGCCGGGACUGUACCUGUGGUCUACCUGCAGAUUACCAUUGGCUUUCUACUCGAGACAUGUCUACUUGGGUUUAUUUUUGUGAAAAUAGCCCGACCAAAACAUAGACGACACACGCUCAUUUUUAGCCGUAACGCGUGCCUGUGUAAGGAGGAGAACCAGCUGAUGCUACAGGUGCGGGUGGGCGACAUGAGGAACUCCCAUUUGAUUGACAGCCACGUCUACGGGGCCCUGGUCAAGAGAUACGUGUGUGAGGAGAAGUACGUCUACCCUCUCUUUCAGCACGAGCUAGAAUUUGAAGCCCAUGGGAUGGGAGAGA